AUUCGAAAGAAGAAAAUUUCAACUCAUUCUGGACGUAUGAACGAAGUGAUAGAAGACGAUUCAAGAUACUUCUCCGAAAGGUUGUUCGAUUCACUUUGCCGGCGGAGGAAUAUAACGAGUGAGGUGAUUAACAAAGCACAAUUUAGGGAAUUUUGGGACCAAAUUGCUGAUCAGAAUGUUGGUUCAAGGAUACAAACUUUCUUUGACGUGGUUGAUAAAGAUGGAGAUGGUCGAAUCACAAAAGAUGAAGUUAUAGAGAUUAUCAGCUUAAGUGCAUUAGACAACAAGCUACCCAAUAUACCAAAAAAAGUAGAUGAAUACGCAACAUUGAUCAUGGAAGAAUUAGACAAGGAUAAUAUUGGUUACAUCAUGAUUGAAAGCUUGGAGACUUUAUUGUUUCAAGAACCAACACAUAACGUGAGAGGAGAAAACCGAAACUUGAGCCAGAUGUUGAGCCAAAAGCUAAAAACACCCCACCCGUUAACAAAAUGGUAUGAAGAUUUGAAGUACUUUGUACACGACCAUUGGAAGAGAUGUUUGGUUCUUGUACUUUGGAUAGGAAUAAUGGCCGGUUUGUUUGCAUGGAAGUACAUCGAAUACAAAAACCAUGUUGUAUAUGAUGUAUUGGGGCCGUGUGUAUGUAUAGCUAAAGGUGCAGCCGAGACUUUGAAAUUAAACAUGGCGAUUAUGUUAUUACCAGUUUGUCGAAACACAAUUACUUGGUUGAGGAACACCAAGUUGGGUGUCGUAGUUCCGUUUGAUGACAAUAUUAAUUUUCACCAAGUGAUUGCAGUGGCGAUUGUGAUUGGAGUUGGGUUACACGCGAUUUCCCAUCUAGCAUGUGACUUUCCCCGAUUAAUCCAUGCAACCGAGGAAGAGUAUAAACCGAUGGAACAAUUUUUUGGGGAUCAAGCCGAGAACUAUUGGCAUUUUCUGAAGGAAGUAGAAGGGUAUACCGGAAUAAUAAUGGUAGUACUAAUGACUAUAGCUUUUACACUAGCUUGGCUAAGACAAGGCCAACUUAAAAUACCCUCGUUCUUUAGAAAAUUAAUGAAAUUUAACGCCUUUAAAUGCUCAAAGCGAUAUGAUGCAUUUGUAAAGAAAUUAACCGGUUUCAUUACUGUUAUAAACAAAUUCACGGGAUUUAACGCGUUUUGGUACUCCCACCACCUCUUUGUUAUCGUAUACGCAAUGCUUAUAGUUCAUGGGAUCAAACUUUACCUUAACAAAGAAUGGUACAAGAAAACGACAUGGAUGUAUUUGGCGGUUCCAAUCUUGCUCUACGCUUGCGAGAGAUUAAUAAGGACGUUUAGGUCACGUCUUAUUCCAGCCCAACUGUGCAAGGUGCUUGUUUAUCCCGGAAAUGUGUUGGCACUUCAUAUGACAAAGCCUCAAGGCUUCAAAUACAAGAGUGGUCAAUACAUGUUUGUCAAGUAUACUGCUAUCUCCCCAUUUGAGUGGCACCCAUUUUCCAUUACAUCUGCCCCUGGUGAUGACUACCUGAGUGUGCAUAUCCGAGCUGUUGGUGACUGGACUAAAGAUAUAAACAAAGCUUUUAAAGAUAAAUAUUCGUUGAAGGAAGGAAGUGAGAGGUAUAGCAUUGAUUUCAAAGGAGGAGAUCCAUGCAUUCCAAAAGUUUUAAUCGACGGUCCAUACGGUGCACCAGCAGCGGACUACAAAAAGUACGACGUCGUGUUGCUAGUGGGCUUAGGGAUUGGAGCAACCCCAAUGAUCAGUAUUGUGAAAGACAUAUUGAAUAACAUGAAAGCCAAAGAAGAAGAAGAAAAUUCAUUGGAAAAUGGUGUCAAAUUACAAAAGAAUAAAUCAGGUUCAAGAAGUACAAAGAACUUUAGAACAACACGGGCUUACUUUUAUUGGGUGACUAAUCAACAGGGUACGUUUGAUUGGUUCAAAGGAGUUAUGAAUGAGGUUGCUGAGAUGGACAAAAAUGGUGUUAUAGAGAUGCAUAAUUAUUGCACAAGUAUUUACGAGGAAGGUGAUGCAAGAUCUACUUUUAUUUCUAUGCUUCAAGCGAUCGGUUAUGCUAAAAAAGGUGUUGACGUUGUUUCGGAUACUCGUGUUAUGUCUCAUUUUGGUAAACCUAAUUGGCGGGAUGUUUACAUGCGAAUUGCUCUAAAUCACUCAUGUUCCAAAAUAGGGGUGUUUUAUUGUGGAAAUAUCGGAGGAAAAGAAGAGCUGAAACAAUUAGCUUCAGAUUUCUCGCACAAAACAUUAACCAAGUUUGAGUUUCACAAAGAGAAUUUCUAAGAAGUUUUUAUUUUUAUUUUUUGUGAUAUGUCCCUUCGUUUAUUCUCACCCCUUUAUCAUGUUGGUUGGUUGGUUUGUUGUCAUACAUAUAUAUACACACACACACUAUAAUGCAUACAAGGAAGCAAACUUGCCAUAUCAACCUUUGUAGACGAAAAAACCACUUCGUUUUUAAGCUUC